UGGAAACCAUGGCGUUCCCUUGGACUGUCUGACCGGGGAAUCAGAAAAAUAUUAACUCGACCAACGCAUGUUUGCCCCAUUUGAGCAACGCUAAACUUGGAUUCUGUGACUAAAGAAAAUGGGGUCUCGUAUCAAGGAGAGCCCAGAGUCACCGUUCGAAGUAUAUGUGGAGGUGAUACACCCGGGGACAACAGGAUCAGAUCCGGAGGUGCGCAGGCGAUUCCCCGAGGACUACAUCGACCAGGAAACUCUGCAGACGGUGCCGAAGUUCUGCUUCCCCUUCAGCGCGGACAGUCUGUCAGUGAGCCAGGUGGGCCAGAAUUUCACCUUUGUCUUGACCGACAUCGAGAGCAAGCAGCGUUUCGGCUUCUGCCGUCUGUCAUCGGGGGCACACAGCUGCCACUGCAUCGUCAGUUACCUGCCCUGGUUUGAAGUCUUCUACAGGCUGCUCAACACCUUGGCGGACUACAGUCUCAAAGGCCAGGACAGCCAAUUGAAGGAGCUUCUGGAGUCAUUACAUACCCUGUCCAUUCCCGAACCUGGAGUGCCUGUACAUCUCAGUGUGCAUUCUUACUUUACCGUGCCUGACAUGAGGGAGCUGCCCAGUAUACCUGAGAAUAGAAACCUAACAGAGUAUUUUGUAGCCGUAGAUGUCAAUAACAUGCUCCAUCUGUACGCUAGCAUGCUCUAUGAGCGCCGAGUCCUGCUCUGCUGUAGCAAACUAAGCACUUUAACGGCGUGUGUGCAUGGAGCGGCGGCCUUGCUGUACCCCAUGUACUGGCAACAUGUUUACAUUCCUGUCCUCCCGCAGCACCUCAUCGACUACUGCUGCGCCCCCAUGCCUUACCUCAUUGGAGUACAUUCCAGCCUGAUGGAGAGGGUUCGCAGCAUGGCCUUGGACGAGGUGGUGGUGCUGAAUGUGGACACUAACACUCUGGAGACGCCCUUCGACGACCUCCAGAGCCUACCCAAUGAUGUGAUCUCGUCACUGAAGAGCCGUCUGAAGAAGGUGUCCACCACCACGGGCGAUGGCGUGUCCAGGGCCUUCCUCAAAGCACAGGCCGCCCUCUUCGGCAGCUACAGGAACGCGCUCCAGAUCGAGCCGGAGGAGCCCAUCACGUUCAGUGAGGAGGUGUUUGUGGCCCAUCGCUCCAGUGCCAUGAGGCAGUUCCUGCAAAAUGCCAUCCAGCUGCAGCUCUUCAAGCAGUUCAUAGACGGGCGUCUGGAUCUGCUGAACUCAGGCGAGGGAUUCAGCGAUGUGUUUGAGGAUGAGAUCAACAUGGGGGAAUAUGCAGGCAGUGAUAAAGUGUACCACCAAUGGCUGCUAACCGUGAAGAAAGGUGGCGGGGCCAUUUUCAACACCGUCAGGACCAAGGCCAACCCGGCCAUGAAAACCGUCUACAAGUUUGCCAAAGACCACGCCAGAAUGGGCAUCAAAGAGGUCAAGAGUCGACUGAAGCAGAAGGAGCUGACGGAGAACGGCUACUCUGCGGCGGGCGAGGACAACGGGGGCCCCGCCAGGCCCCCCGGCCCCGCCCCCGACAGGAAGGAGCUGCAGCCCUGGGAGAUGGAGCGCCGGCCCAUCACCGUGCACUUUGGACAGUCCACCACCACUACACCUGCACCACCCGCUCGUCCACCGCCCCCGCGCCCGCCCCCUCCCCGGCUCCAGCGCAGCAGCAAACCUGCUCGUCCACCGAGGCCGCUGGUGCCCAAGAGACCGCGCAGCAACGUGGGACUGGGACUGGAGAACAGCCCCGAGCACUAUGUGCGUCCCACGCGGCACUACACCGUCUUUCUGUCCGAGGAGGACUCUGGCGACGAGCCGCAGCAUGACGACGACUCCAUCACUGGCUUCCCCGAAAACUUUCUUUUCUCCACCCCCUUUGAAUGGCCGCAGCCCUACCGCUCUCUGAAGGAGUCCGACCCCGUGGAGGGGGAGGAUGAGGGGGGUUUCGCUCCAGGAGGGGAGAGGCCCCAGGGCCGCACGGCGCCCCCCAGCCCCGUCAGGGAGAAAUACACGGAGAUCAACCUGCUGGGCGACAUGCUGCUGGUCUACCAGGAGGGGGAGCCGGAGAGCCAGCAGAUGAGCCUGGCCAAGAGCCUGGAGGACAUCAGGCUCAGCAAAGACCUGGAGGAGCAGCAGCACAAGUUCAGCUACCAGCGCAUGGACCUCAGUGGCAGCGAGCGCACGAGAACACUACCCGGCUUGAAGCACUCCAACCCUUACAACAAGCUGUGGAGCCAGGGGCUGGAUGACAUGGCCGUGCCCCCUGGCCGCACCUCCCCCACCUGGGAGAGGCCUCUCUCCGUGCCCCCCUUGGAGCCUCCAGACCCCCGGCCACCAAGCGCCGACAGCUGUGGCGGCCAGGAAAGGCAUCUGGACGGCGGGUGUAUCACCAUCCCGCGCCCCCACGGCCGAAAGACCCCCGAGCCGGGUAAAGUGUUGGCACCGCCUGUGCCCCUGCCGCGGGCAUCUAAGCCUCAGGGUGGUGGUGGUGGGGAGGGCGGGCUGAGCGGGCUGAGCGGGCUGAGCGUAGGGGGACAGGAGUUCCGGCAGGCCCUCAACAUGUCACCUCUAUCCAGUGCCUCUCAGGACACGGACCUUCUGAAGGAGGAGGUGGACCUGCUCAGUCUGCUGGAUCCUCUCAACUCGGACUCGGCAGCCGCCAACACUGCAGUGGUGGCCCCCUCCCCCACCCCUGGGGAGCCGGAGCACACAGCGACCCCGCAGGAGCAGCAGCUGCGGCCCCCUAUGCCGCCGCCCCGACCAUACCCCCAGAGCCUGCCCCCGUUUCCCCUCAACGUCCCCCUCAACCCCUUCGCCCAGCACGGCUUGCCCGCCUACCCGCCCCCGCACCGUCCCUACUCCCCCGUGGUGGGCACCAACCCCUUCAGCGGGGGCUACAUGCCCACGGGCCCCCCCGCUGGCUACUACCAUGCACCCGGCACGGCGCUCACGCCCCCACACCCUCAUCCGCUCUCCAUGUUCCGCCAGCCCUCCCCCGCGGGGCCCGGGCUCCCCCUGGGGCCCCUGAGGCCCUCACCCGUGCCCGUCUUCGGCCGCACGGGGCCCCCUCCGUCCUCCAGCAGCAGCAGUGGGGCUCUCUGCAGCCUCCUGGACUCUCCAGCCGCCCCUACGAGCCUCUCGCUGCCCAGGCCCCUGGCUGGGGGCGGUGGUGGUGGUAGUGGUAGUGGUGGUGGGGAUGAGGACGGUGGCUCAGACCAGAACCAGACACCCAAGGACCCUUUCAGCGAGCUGCUGGCCAUGGCCAAACCAGCUCUCACGCCCGCCGCCCCGCAGAAGAAGAAGGUGGAGGACCUACGCAGACAGUGGGAGACGUUUGAUUAGUCCAUGUGACUAAGAAUGCGCCUUUUUUCCAACACUGUAUCCGCCUCCCUCUGUAUCCCACUUCCUCCUAUUCCUUCUCUUCCUCCUCUUACUGCUCUGUCUGUCUGUCAAUCUGCUGCUGCUGACCAAUGGCAGGCUAUGAUGGAUGGUUGUGACCAAGAGUGAAAGAAGGCGGUUGGAAACCAGAGCGCUUUCUAAAUCCCCCUAUCUAUUGGCUGCCCACAUGGCUACUGGUUUUCUAUUGGCUGCCCACACGGCUACUGGUUAUCUAUUGGCUGCCCACAUGUGUCCGGGUGCACAUUGGGGUUAAAUAUAUGUAACAGAUGCCCACCUAGCAGAGUUUGGAGGUAGAAUAUUUGAUCCGGCACCUUGCGUUGGUCUCUCUUCAGAUGUUUUGAUGUUUUGACCCACCGUCCACUCAGCAACUCCACAAACUCCAGCAGCUGGAAAAAAGGACUCUGAAAUGCUUUGGUUCAUGUCGGCUGCCUUUUGGGCCCUCCUGGGUAAUGUGGUGGAGAUAUCGAUCGCAGGGGGUGGGAAGGAAACGUGUCAGCGGUGGAAAGGGGCCAGCAAUGUGCUUGCCUUGAACUGUGAUCUUUGACCCCCCAUUCAGUUGGGUCAAGGCCAUGCUUUAAAGGUGUCUCCAAGAGAAGAGCCGGCAAAGGCAGAGGAGAUGCCAGUCGAUGACUUAAUUCCUGAGGACAGACUUGUCUCCAGUACACACAGGCACACAAUGCAUUUGUGAUUUUAAAGUUGGGCAGACUUUGAUGUGCACAUGGAUCAGGAAUUUCAAAGAAAAUGGAGAACUGAAGUUGCCUUUUUAAAGGGACAUUCACUGGAUGUAGGGGAGGGGAACUCGAUAUAAAGAAGAAACAAAAACAAAACGUGUAUAAGCUUUCUCUCGUAGUUGCGCUAAAUGUCCAAAACACUGCAGUUAUCCAGGGUAGGCCUUGUGGGCAACGUGUCAUUGUUUUCUGAGGUGGCUAUCGGAGGGAAAAAAAUAUCUAUCAGCUGUGCACCUAUAUAGUUUGCUUUCUUCUUUCUUUGCCAAUAAUCUCUUUUUGUUUCGUUUGUGUUGGUUUGCUUUUGUUGGCCUUCUAAAUCCUUAUGUAACUAGUAUUAGACUGUAUUAUUGAAAAUUUGCUGCUUUUCGAUUUGAAGUGCAAUGCCACUCCCAGCCUAUGAUGAUGAUGAUGAUGAUGAUGAUGAUGAUCUGUUGUAAUCUAAAAGGGUCUGGUCACCCUUAAGAAAAAGACUCAAUCAGCAGAAGUUUUAACGUUAAUCAGGUUAGAAAUGUUUGUGUUCGAUUUUUGAAGGCCAGCGUCUUUUGCUCUCUGGUUCUGUAAGUCCGAAUUGUGUCUCAUGUAAAAUUGAUCUUCCUCUUGUGCCUCCCAGUAGGUAGGUAGGCUCUCACUAUUAUUGUGCAAACAGUUUGUCACUACGCAGUGCAGUCAAGAAAAGACUCAAAACAAUUGUAUUGUUGUAAAACGUAGCAAGAAUUUGUUACUAAAAUGAUUAACAAGGUCUUUGGAAUCAGACCGCUGCCAGCCUGUUUGACCAAACGUACACAGUACAGUAAGACGGUAUGGUCAGGCCAGUGUUGUUUGGUUCAGAUGCAACAUUGAUGCAAAACAGCAGAAGUGUCAAAAGUCUUGUUCCGAAGUGAAAACUCUGCCACAUCACAGAUUCCUCCCAACAGAGGUGACUUCACUUACCGUAGAAACUGACCUACUUGUGAGGGCUCAUCACGACCACAUGAUUAAGAGCAGGUUGGAUCAAAAUUGUGGCAGGGUUUUUAUUUUCAGAACAUGGGAUUGACAACUCUGAAAAAACGCUAAUAGUUUCCCCAAACACUCAAAAGGGUCAUCAUUAUUUUCCUUGCCAGUUACUUUUGAAAUCUUGCCAGUUUUUACUCGGGAGGGAAGCGCUCCUCUCCGAGGGCCCACAUCUUGUACUGGAGUUAUAAAAAGGGAAACGGAUUCAUGGUCAGUUGGACAGUUACUGAAACACUAUUAUGGCUCAGACGUGUAGAGGAACUACACGAAAUGGAAAAAAAGGCAGAUUUUGUUACUUUUAAGGUUAGUUUGGCAGUUGAACCGGACUCUCUCUCUCUCACACAUACUCUCUAUGCACACACACAGGUUUAACGGGACAGCACAGAUUACUGAUUUUGCAAGUUACUUAAAAAAAGGGAAUUUUAAAGUUUUUUAAAGAGAGGCAUUUUCCAGUCUACAUUACUGAAUUCUGAUGAUAACAUAUGAACGUAUAUGUGCUGGCUACAAUAUAUAAAGCUAUGAUACAGUACUGUUAUAUUGAUACUGCAGCAAAAACAGAAUGACUUCAAGACUGUACGCCAUGCGAUAUGCUCAUUGAUGUGGAUCCUGUACAGUAUAUACAUAUUUAUUAUGAAUUCAAUUAGGGAAAAAAACAUUCGUUACUCAUUCAAAUCAUCCUUUUUAAAAAUCUAAUCAUGUGAACAGCAGCCCAGAACAAAUGUUUAGUAGUACAGUGUUUGCCUUGCAACCCAGAAGAACUGAACUAAUCAUUGGAUCAUUACUUUCUUUUCAAUAGUCCAGAACCACCAGUCACUUUUGUUAUAUUUCAACAGUCAGGGAAGUGUAGAAGCGUGUAAUGAACAACAAGGUCAGAUAUUGACUAGUUUCCACAUUCAUUUCUGUCAUUAGAACUCUGUAACUACAAUAGAUAUCUAUCGUAAUAGCAAAAGGAUGCUUUUAGGGACAGUUCUUGUCUAGACGAUGUUUAGCUGGGUGUCCGCUCUGUUUGACGCACAUGUUUUCUGGGUUAAAGAUGCACUUCCGUCUCUCUUAUCGGUCCUCGAGUUAGCACUUGGGGACAAUUUAGCAUAGCAAGUCACCACAUAAACAAAUUCAUGUCUACGAAAAUGUUGCCUUAUAGCAAACAAAAAUCCCAUAAAUAAAAGGAAACUCUGUAUGUGAAGCUUGAUUUUUCAAAAGUGUGUGUCCAAUACGUGUGUCCGCCUGUGUGGCUUUGCUUUUAUUGAAGAAGACAAACGACUGAAAACAAAAGACUGAGGCUAUUAAUGUGUGUCCUCAAGGAUCAGCAUUUUAGCUGUUUGUGAUUUAUUUUUAGCUGGGUGUGUAACGCUCAAUGCGUUUUGUCAGUGUUGCCAAUCAAUCCAAUGCUUUAGUCUCCCAUGAUUGAAGAGGGUGUUAUACUGAAAACCUCCAACAGGGGGUGGUACUUGAGUGACCAGCUUUAAUAACCUCAGGAAUAGGUUUUGUUUAUUUGUUUGUGUUUGUGUUUUUGUUUUGCUUUGUCCAAUAUUCCCUCUUCUCCUUAAAGAAUGUUUCCUAUAGUAAUGUGAACAUAAUGUCUUUUAUACAUACAUGGAGCACUUUGUGUUUGUUUUUUGUUUUGUUUUAUUUUUUUCAUUUUAUUUUUGUUUUGAUUAUGUUGUUUUUGAACUAUCACACUAUUAAAAGUGCACAUAUCCUCA